AACAAGAGUUACAACAAUGCCGAGCUGAUAAAGGAUUAUUGGAAUAUAAUCGAGAUAGAAUCUUUGAUAGAUAUUACAAUAAAUUCAAGAAUAAUAUAUUACUAAAUCCACCUCAGAUACAAAUAUCGAACAUGAUAGGAAAUGGACCACCUCUUUUUAUUGGAAAAGCUGGAGAAGAUCCAUCAGAUUGGAUUUUAGAAUUCAAGAAAUUUGUAAUUGCAUCUCGAAUAAAUGUUAUAGCUGGUGCAGGAGGAGUUGCUGGUAAAGCAGAAGCAUAUAAUUUAGGUAUAUCAUAUAUGGUUGGUAAAGUAAAAACCUGGUAUGAAAACAAGAUCAAAAGUAGAAACUGGCAAUGUGAUAAUAUUUUUGAUGGUACUGGUGUGAAUGACUUAAAUGCAAUUCAAGCAUUAAAUAAUGGUGCUUUAACAGGUAUUAAUGCAAAUCAGUUUCUUGGAGAAGCCUUGGUUGUAAGAAAUAAUGCUGGGGGUGAUAAUACAAUAACCGGUGCUAAUAUUAUUCCAGCGGAUACAUGGGAUGAAGAUUGGAGUAUAGCUGGAGGACAUCCUGCACCUAUAGGAACUCCAUCUUCAGCCAAUUAUGCGAAUGCUGAUGCAGGUAAUUCAAUUGUUGCACCUGAAAUGACUCUUGGACAAUUUUUAUACUGCCUUGAAUAUCUUUAUCCUACGGUCGAAGCACAAAAAAAUUUGCUUUUCUUUGGUCAGAUUACGCAAGGAGGUAUGUCAAUACUCGAGUAUAAUGCCAAGAUAUCAAAACUCGGAAAACUUGCUGGAUUACCAGAAUCAAAAAUGAGAGAGCAGUAUAUUCGGGGAUUAAAUCCUAUGAAUCAAUACAAUGUCCGUAUGAUGGCUAAAUACCAUGACACUAGAGAUAAUAUUACAAAAGCAUUAGUUGAAGCAGAAAAAUUUUCACUACUACAAGGCAACUUUUCAUUCCCACCUUCUGGAGGUCAAGUGCCUAAUCCCUAUGAAAAAAGUAUUAAUACAGGUUUGACUGAAACUGAAAUUAAAAACUUGAUAAAAUCUAUGAUGCUAGCUACACAAUCCACUGCUUCUAAAUCUCAAGAAGAACAGUUUAAUCAAAUCACGCUUUCACAAAAUAAUUUCAAAAAAAUUAUAGUGGGUUUAAAGGGAACUAUUGCUAAAGGACAGCAAACUUUGAAGAAACCCCCUGGACCAGGAAAACAAAAAGCAGAUGAUCUUGCUAUGAACCGUUUUUUAGAUAGUUUUAUCGAUGACACAGAUUUACCAAAAGAAGUUUAUGACUAUGAUCCCAUUGAAGAUUUGAGAAAGCAAUUCGAGGAUUUGGAUAUCAAUCAAGCAAAACUAGCUCGAAUAAUACACACU